CACAAAACCACAAACCUCGGUCAAAUUCACCCAAAAACCCAUUCCAAACAAACCAAACAAAAACUCAAUCGAUUUCUGUAACCAUGGACUCAAAUCAAAAUAAACGAGCAUGUGCAUAGAUCGAACACACACCGAAAUCGACAACUACCUCCACUAAAAGGAAUUUCGCGUAUGUUCGGGGAAUAGAUUCGCGAAACUAGCGCGUAUCGUCAUAAUCAUUCAGUAGCGGUUGAUAUUUUGGUCGGGCGAGGUGUUAGUUUUAGAAGCUCAGUUGGGGCGGUCCUUCGCCAUCAUGUCAACAGCCCUUCUAGCCGCUAUUGCCGUCAUUUUAUGCAUCCUCUUCAGGAUAUUGAACGUCAACAGCCAACCACAAAAACCCUCGAUAUGGUGCGGUGACGGCAAAUUCCUUGACACCAUCCUCAAGAUAUCACCACUUAUACAAGAACCAUACAUUCCGACUAGACUGUGGGGCUUCAGCGGCCACGUCCAAACCAUCCUUCAUAGCGUUAUUGGCAGAGUGAAAUGCCCAUGGCCUAUAGGGGAACGAGUAUUUUUAUCUUUGCAAGAUGGGACCACGUUAACGUACGACAUGUACCAGCCUUUAGAUACGAAUUUUCAGGAUGAUCUAUCGAUAGCGAUAUGCCCCGGUAUUGGAAAUACGUCUGAAAGUGUAUAUAUACGCACUUUUGUCCACUGGGCACAAUGUCAUGGUUACAGAUGUGCCGUUUUGAAUCAUGUAGGGGCAUUACAAAGUGUGCCCGUUACGGCUCCACGCAUAUUUAGUUAUGGUAAUACGAACGAUUUCCACGAUAUGAUAGGAAGUCUUAUUAAUAGGCAUCCGAACACUAAGAUCGUAUGCGUAGGUUUCAGUUUGGGUGGAAAUUUGGUUACAAAGUACAUGGGUGAACUGGAUAGGGAACGUCCUCUGCAGAUAAUCGGAGGGAUUUCGAUAUGUCAAGGUUAUUGCGCUAUCGAGGGCACAAAAUGGCUGUUGAACUGGCAAAAUUUCCGAAGGUUCUACCUGUACAUAAUGACAGAAAACAUGAAAAAUAUCAUUCUGAAACAUCGCAACGUUCUUCUGUCUGAAGAAGUGAAAAAUCGAUUCAAACUCAACGAACACGAAAUAGUUUCAGCUGCCACUCUUCCAGAGUUAGAUGAGGCCUAUACAAGAAAAGUUCAUGAGUUCAAUUCACUAACCGAAUUAUAUUCAUGGAGUUCUAGCAUUAAUUACAUUCAGAAUAUCAACAAACCAAUGAUUUUCAUUAAUGCCAAGGAUGAUCCUAUAGUUCCCGAGCCGUUAUUAGAACCUAUUAAAUCAAUAACGAUGGAACGAAAAAACAUGCUGUAUUUGGAGCUGGCACACGGCGGCCAUUUAGGCUUUUACGAAGGCGGUCUAAUCUAUCCAAACCCCGUGACUUGGUUAGACCGCACGCUGGUUGCCCUGGUUGGCAGUCUAGCGCUAAACUACGACAACUCCAUGAUGAAGACAGCUCAAGUUAUUUAAGCACCGACCAAUUUUUUGUGAUUUUACAGGAAAUUCCCACCAAAAUAUUGCAUUUAUUGUACGUGUGCGCGUGAUGAUCACUUGCGGACGAGUUUAUACACGACGAUUAUUUAUUUUGUAUUUAUUUUUGUGUAUGACUUUAGGGCCACUUGAAUAUAGUUUUUUUAUGCAGAAGCUUGAUUGUGUUUAGUUGAUUCACACUAGUAUUAUUAGUUGUAUGUGAAUUUUUUGACAGCUGUUGUAAAGUCUGGUUGUUGGAAGUGGUUGAAGAUCGCACUGUUUUUUGUGAUGCGAUAGUGCUGUCUGUCUUCGGUCGUAAGAACCAGACUUUAAUGGUGCUCAAUGUAGCCGCGCCAUUGUCACCUGUACUUAAUGUGAUAUCUAGUUCUAGUUGUACUGUAACUUAAUUGUAAAAAAAAUUAUGGAAGAUUAUUUUUGUAACUUUGUACAUUGAUUAACUGGGAUAAUUGUUAUGUUGUAAUUUAUUCGAUUUCAAGUUUUUGUUUUCUAUGUAAAGUUUUGAAUAUGUUUUAUAAUGUUAAUCAAAUAUAAAGUUAAAAAUU